AUGGCGGCGAGACCGGUUGUAAUUAGCGAAGUUCUAUAUUUUUUGGUUGGUAACUUCGACUUAUUUGAUAAUGAGACGUUUAUAAAUAAUACUGCUGAAUUUUUCUCCAACGAGGACUUUAUUGACGCUCAAAAAAUUUUGAAAUUAGAGUUGGAAAAUGUUAAAAUUGAAAAGUUUGAAAAACCUACUUCACGUGGCAACACAAGGCGCGAUAAACUGUUAGUAUUAACACAAAUUCUUAUUUUUUUGAAAGAGGAAAAACUUAUGGAUAAGUGCUCAAUAUUUGCCAGCGUUAAUUUAUCUAAUGUUCCUAACUUCGAAAAUGUCAUCAAAAUAAACUUUGAAAUUCUGAAAAAUGAAUUAAAAAAUAUGUUGUACACUCAACAUAACAAACUCAUACAAACACUUGACGUGCACACGCAAGAUAUAACUUCUUUGAAAAAUAAAUUAGUGCAAACAAUAGACGUGCAUACACAUGAUAUGUCGGCGCUUAACAACAAAAUAAACUGUUUGUCGUACAAUAAAGACAAAAAUACCUCGAAACUGAACAUAAACUCAGUUCCGUCAGCAGUUAACUCCGAUAUGAACAAGCAAGCUGUUACCUCCAAACCAGCCAUGUUUUGGUCCGACGAAAUUACGACACCGACUGAUGACAACCCUCUGCCAUACAGCGUGGUCGUUCGAAACAAAAAAAGUGCUCGCACAAACAACUCUCCGGUUGCCAACCAAGUCAACCCUAACGAUCAAUCAUCGCUUAAAGGAAAUCCACCAAAUCAACCUAAUAAAAUAAUUGGUCUAAAAAAAUGCGCCACCGACAAACUUUGUGCCGAGAAAAUCAUAGUAAAAAAAUCGGUAUUCGCAAUGAGUAACGUUAAAAAAUGCAGCAGAAGUAAAGUUGUCGAAUAUUUGUCUGAUAUUGGUAUUAAUGUAUUAUCGUGCUUUCCAGUCAGCAAACUUUCAACAGUUCCUCCAGGUACAACGCUAAACAACGACGACAUCGAAUCAACAAUGUUUCGAGUAUGCGUCAACACUGCUGAUGCUACUAAAAUGCAAGACCCUGAUAACAUGCCCGAAGGUGUCAUCAUUCGUGAAUGGCAUUUCACCUCCAAAAAAUCGGAAGAAACCUCAUCGAUCAACAAUGGCUGA